CCAAGGCGGAAAGGCCCACCGCCCCAGGCUUGCCGCGACCCAACCCGUCGCCAAGCCUGCCGUGGCCCAUUGAGCUCUAAUACCGGUGAGGUAGAAGGCCGCUCGUCUAGAGCCUGUUUGCUGCUUGCUAUCGUACCCUCCCUCUUAGCACAUGAUUCUAUUGAAAUACCUCGUGCCUCACUCUUUCAUAAGCUAGCUGAUUCUACCCCCUCUACUCCAAUACCGACGUACAAAGACUCCUAUACGCUCCAGUCUUCCUUGUGCCCUCCUCUCUGCUUAAUUAUUCCUUCUAGACACCGCCGACAUGGCUACGACUUCGCUGAGCCGUCGCGACUUCAACGUGCUUGAGAAGAUCAGGGACCCCGAGGCAAAUCCGUUGACAACAAUUCUCGUAGAUUCGACCCUGCCCAAGGAUCCGAAUAUAACAAAUGCGGAUGUCUACCAUCGCGUCUCCCAAAAGGAGCGAGAAAUUGUGUUGGCCAUGCAGAACUUGGAGACGCAAUUGGCCGGGUCUGAACUAGCGUCGACGGUGGACUCCUUCGGCGCUGAAUAUCGCCGAUGCGUGUCGAGGCUUGGAGAGCUGAUCUCGGAGCACCCCAACUACGCCAGCGCCCGAAAUAACCGGGCACAAGCCCUUAGGAGAUUGUACGGGGAUGCGAUGCUCCUAUCUGGCGAUGGAGGCCCUCGAGGCUUGCUAUCGGAUGUCGGUAACGCCGAGAGACGCGAAGCGGCGGAGCUGGCCCUUGCCGACCUCGAUACAGCAAUCAAGCUACUGACACCAAAAAGCCUAUUUGGCGCCAUCUCGCCUCAAGCUGGGAAAACUCUCUCUCUAGCACAUACCCAGCGGGCGGCCAUCUACCACAUGACUUCCAAGUCGUUGAAUGCCGACCGGGUAGUCGAUGUUUCUGGGCGGAAAGAAGCGACGUGGGCCAUGAUCGACUUCGAAGAAGCUGCGUCAAGCGACUUUGCGCUAGGAGGAAGAUAUGGGAAUGAUAUCGCGAAAGGGUUGGCCGUGAGCACAAACCCGACAGCUAAGCUGUGCGGUCAGAUGGUGAGGGAAGCUAUGAAGAAGGAAUACGGCCCAGCAUAUGCGGCAUGAGAAACCGGGAUGCUUUUUGGUGGCGUUGAAGGAGAGACUGCGUGAGGUCCGUUCUUGAGAAGCUUGCGGUGUCGAGAGCGUGGGGGUAACGGUGGUCCAAGAAUUAUUCGCGGCAUGUAUAGUACUGCUUCCCGGGAUGGUCUUGGAGUAGGAUAUCACGUAAACAUGUCUGGUCCGCGGG